UAAAACUUAAAAAGUUACAAUACCACAAAUGACCAAAGCUGCUGAAAUAUAGAGAAGAAUAAAACCCUAACAGCAGCUCAGCUUUUACCUAUUUAUUUUUGGAGUUCUCUAGGAAACGUCAUUACCCAAACAUCUAAACCACAGCUACAUUAGAUUGCGGCUCAAGAGAUAAAUCUCUACCAAAUCUGUGCAAAAUGGGGAUGCCCAAUAGAAUUAGGAGUUCUUAGAGAUGUAAAGACCAUAAUCAAGGACAUAUGGGUGGUAUUUGUUAUUCUCUGAGAGGGAGAAACCUUAAACCCCCAUUGCCACCAGCUGGAUUGUGCCUUCAGAUGUGUGUUCUGGGCUCAUCAAUUAAUACAGAUAUAUUUUCCAGCCCUUCCUUCCCAACAACUUUCUUCUACAUUCUCUUUACCUUCCUCAAACCAUGUUGGUUGUUAUCGGUUAGCCUCUCCCUUGGAGGUUGCACACUGCCACAUCGCAGGCAGAGUCAUGUUUCCACGUAUGUGCUGUUUGUCCUUGACAAAGUUUUGGUUUAUUUUUACAUUCGAUUUGUUUCUGAACAAAUUAGUUGCAUCAUUUAUAAAUGAGAUUUAAAAUUAGCUGCAGCAUUUAAAAAUGAGAUUUAAAAUUAAAAUCUGCAUUUCUAGCUUUGCUUUUAAAAUUGGUCACUUUUUUUUACACACUGAGUCCACAUUCUUGGAGGAAGCUGAGGGGUUCUACCUGUUGGGGGACUCCACCCUUUAGCAGGGCUUGUAGCCUCUGUUUACCCUAUGCCCCACCACCCCUGUCUUCCUGACCCCAAGACUAAAGGGUCACUUGUCAGUUAUCAAUAUGCUUACGUGGUUGGUUUUUGCUUAUGUGGACCCAUUGUACUCACUUACCUGCCUGGCCUGGUAAGUAUUUGAGCUUGGGAUCCUAUUCUAACUUUGCUUCUCAGCCCAUCACCUGGAAUCCUAUUUCUUUCCCUUUUUUGUUUCUGCUCACUCACUAGUCUGCUGCUGAGACUGAGGUGUCUGGGUGAAUCAUUGGCUGGAUCCUCUGUCGUCAUUUGGCAGUGAAUACAGCGUGACAACUUACUUCCAACGGCCUCCAGAAAACAUGGUUGGGAGCUUCUCUUGGGAGUCUGGAUUUAGCCCUGGCUACAGGUCUUCGGCAUCCUAAUUCAUACUGCACCUAAAGGCAUCUACUUAAAAGUAUCAUUUGGCCUCUUCCUUGCUCUGCACAUCCCAUCUAUAGCCAAUAUUGGAUUCGAUACCAUCUUCGGGCUUUAAUACGGGUCCAAAUUUGUUAUUGCUCUAACCAACACUUUCCAACACAGCCAUCUUUCAAUUACAUCAUGCAUGACCACUGCCUAAGUAGAAAUCAUGGACAGAGAGUAUAUAUUUGUACGGAAUCCGAUGUCGCCCAGCAUUCAAAAUCUACCCAAAUCCUUCUACAACUUAUUUGCCACCUUUUCUCUCCGCGAAGCACAUGCUGCCCCAGCUCUUCUGUAUACAUGUGCUGUUGUUUGAGUCUCCUCCAGUUGCAGCUCUUAGUGACACCCCCUAGAUUAAAUAAAUCUCUACUUCCUCUGUUCUCAUGAGAUGUUUUCCCCAGGCCUUAUCAACGUCUCCUUGAGUUGAGUGACUUGUGUUUCUCGCAUGCUCCACAUUGAAACCUGGGGAGGGCUGGUACUAUUACUUACUCAUCUUUUUCCUUCCUGCACCCAGCAGAGAGUUCAACACAAGUUGAACUGAGAAAAAACAAACAAACAAACAAACAAAUGUAGAAAAUUCAUUUCUUUAAGCAACUUGAUGACUUGUCCUUGAAGCUCUGGGGUCCAAUAUAACCUUCAAAAUAAGAUUUUAAGCCUCUCUCACUUUUUUCCCCCCAAUAUAGAAUUACCUAGCUUGUUUUUGAGGAACAGUUUAUAUGUGUGAAGUUUUAAAAUACUUAUAAGGAAGCAUACCACAUCAUCUAUACUAAUUCUAGCAAUAAUGAAGCAAUCAGACAAAUCCGGAAUGUGGGACAUUCUAUAAGACAAUGGGCCUGGAUUGUUAAAAAAGUGUCAAUGUCAUAAAAAGCCAAACAGCUAAAAAUGACAAUAUCUCUAUAUCUCUAUCUUUAAAAGACAUAACCAAAGGCAAUGCAUGAACAUUUAUUAGGUCCUUGAUCAGAAAACAAAAAGUCAUAUUUGAUGAAAUAUAAAGAUAUUUUGGGGACAGUGGGAUUAAAACUUAUGAGAUAUUAAUGGCCUAGUCAAAAAUGUAUAUAGCAAGAGAGAAAAAGCAGAAGUGGAAAAAUAUUAGGAAUUAGUAAAUCUGGAUGAAGAAUGAGUGGAUAUUUAUUUCAUGGUACUAUCCUUGCAGCUUUUCAAUAGAUUAAAAAUGUUUUCAAGAUAACAAGUUGGGGAAAAAGAGAAAAGGAAGGGACUAAAAGACAAUUUAAUUUCCUAAUUGUAUUCUUAGGCUACUGUUAAGUAAAUGAGUAGCUGAGUGGGAAAGCAGAACUUUUAUAUUUAGGAGUGAAACCAGCUAAUAAUAGUGAACCAUAUGUACUCCACUGUGAGAGUUACUGAAUCAAAUGCUGUUUUGUUGCCCAUUAGAGGGGCUUCUCAUAUGUUAUACUUCCAAAGAAAAUAAAAUCUGGAGGAGAUAGGCUAGGUGUGUAUCAAAGGAAUGUAAGUUUCCACUGUGGUUAAAUUUGGAAAUACUUCACAAAUCCUAACUUUUCAUUAGCACAAGCCUGUUUAAAAUAUCUGCUAUUCAAGGUAUCUAAAAAAGCAAUUUCAUUGAUGUAAUUUCUCUAGGUAAAAAACACACACAAACUCUGUAUAUUUGCCUGGUUAUGGCUAAAUUGAUCUGGUUGAUAGAGAGGGAGAGAUAAAUAUAUUGGUGUAAAAGGACAAAUAAGAGAUAAGACUAUGUAUUUAUUGCCCAUUUAUGUAAUUACAUGUGUCACUAAGGACAAAGGUCCUUAAAACAAAGACGAAAGGCAGAGUAGAAACGGUUCCCUUCAGUAAGAUAGAUGGAUUUGUUACCACUGCCCUCACCAUGAAUUUUUUUUUUUUCUGUAUGGUCACAUAUCCUGGUUUUAUAAUCAUUUUGAGAAACUAACCAUCUUUCCGGACACAUUUGUUGGCAGAAGAUAGGCUUCGCUCCAGUAAAAAGAAAAUGAAGAUUUUUCGAGAGCAUUCGUAGGCUUCAAGUUGAGAGGACAGUCCUUACUUCCUGAGCUCCGAGAACCCUUGUUUUGGAAGGAAGUAUCUCCAUAGGACUCCAUAGGACUCCAGCACCAUGGAUGUGUUAGGGGAAAAGGAGGCCCUGCAGCAGUUCUUCGAAGCUCAGGGGCCCAGUGACACUCUGGAGAACUCAGUGCUGGAUACAAGUCUGCUGGAGGAAUUCUUGGGCAAUGAUUUUGAUCUGGGGAUCUUGCAGCAGCAGCUCCCCGAUACUCCACCCUAUUCGGCCUCAGACUCCUGUUCUCCUCCACAGAUGCAAGGUGCUUGCUGUCCGGCCAUGAGACCCGAAGCCGCAGUCGGGAGGCUUCCAGCUACUUCUCUCCACUCUGCAGCUGCUGCGGGGAUGCUCCCUGCACACCUGCCGCAGAGCUCCUGUGAAAUGAGCAGCUCUGCCCACAGCCUCGGCAGCUCUCGCCACUGCUACCCCAACACCAGUCAUCUUCCAACCCCCCCGGACCGAUGCAUGUCCUCCCAUCCGGAGAUAAGCCGUCCUUACCAUCAGCAGCCUCUGUGCCACAGCCCUGGAGCCUCAUUGCCACCAACCAAGAAGAGAAAGUGCACACAGGCGCUGGAGGACUCCAGGGACUGUCACGUGUGGGCCCACCACUCCAGACCAAUGACAAGUAGGAGUUCCAGCAGCGAAGUGCUGUUCUACGACAGUGAGGGACAGAACAUGACACCUGUGGACCAGGGUUCUCCUUCUCUGAAGUGGCAGCCAUACCAGAGUGUGCCUUGGCACAGUUUAUUCACUGGUCAUUAUGAGAAACUACCUGAUAUAGGCUAUCGAGUUGUCACAGACAAAGGAUUUAAUUUUUCACCAGCAGAUGAAGCUUUUGUUUGCCAAAAGAAGAACCAUUUUCAGAUAACCAUCCACAUCCAAGUUUGGGGAAGUCCAAAAUUUGUCAAAACUCAAAUGGGCCUCAAGCCAAUAGAAAUGUUUUACUUGAAAGCUUUUGGGGUUAAGGUAGAAGCCACCAAUCAAAUAAUCGCUAUUGAACAAUCCCAAGCAGAUAGAAGCAAAAAGAUUUUCAAUCCUGUUAAAAUCGACCUGCCGGCCGACCAGGUCACCAAAGUUACGCUGGGUCGGUUACACUUUAGUGAGACGACAGCGAAUAACAUGAGGAAGAAGGGAAAACCAAAUCCUGACCAGAGAUACUUCAUGCUGGUGGUUGGGCUGUAUGCUGUGCACCAAGACCAGUUCUACCUACUGUCUGCCCACAUCUCUGAACGGAUCAUUGUAAGGGCCUCUAACCCAGGGCAGUUUGAAAAUGACAGUGAUGUAUUAUGGCAGCGAGGACAAGUUCCAGAAUCUGUCAUUUGUCAUAGUCGAGUGGGAAUAAAUACAGACGCCCCAGAUGAAGCCCUGGUCGUCUGCGGCAACAUGAAGGUGAUGGGGACGAUUAUGCAUCCCUCUGACAGCCGCGCGAAGCAGAACAUCCAGGAGGUUGACACAAAUGAACAGCUAAGACGAAUAGCCCAAAUGAGGGUCGUGGAAUACGACUACAGACCUGAAUUCGCGUCCUCCAUGGGGAUAAACGCCGCCCAUCAAACAGGGAUGAUUGCUCAGGAGGUCCGAGAAAUCCUGCCUCGGGCGGUCAGAGAGGUUGGUGAUGUCACCUGUGAAAAUGGAGAGACGCUGCGGAACUUCCUCAUGGUCGAUAAGGACCAGAUCUUUAUGGAAAAUGUGGGUGCAGUGAAGCAGCUCUGCAAACUAACCCACAACCUUGAAGAAAGGAUAGAGGAGUUAGAAAUAUGGAACAGAAAGCUGGCCCGGCUGAAGCGGCUCAGUAGUUGCAAGUCCUCAGCCAGCGAAGCAAGCUCCAUCAGCAAAUUUAGCAGAGCUCUUAGUGCGUCUUCUCCAAGAAGGGCCAUUCCCCAAAAAACCAACAAGGUUUAUUUUUCAGGAAAAAAACAGCUGUGUCCUAACUGGGUUUUCCAGACCUUGGUUAUAACACUCAUUGCCGUGAUGGCAUUUUGUGCCUUGACGAUAGUCUCUCUUUACAUACUUAGCUUAAAAGAUCAAAACCAGCGUGCCCCAAAUCUUCCUCUGAGCAAUAUCACCAGCUCUCAGGAGCCCGCCCUGCCGCCCACAGCCUCCCCCUCAGCACCGAAUACAUCCCUGGCAACCACAGAGUCCUCUUUCCCAGUACCAGAAAUCACUUUCUGUGACAUCCUGCCCUGUCAGGAGACUUACUGCUGCCCCAUCUGGGGAAAGAGAGGAGUCCCCUCCGGUCCUGUGCGAAGGCCGUCUCAGGAGGAGGAAACCCAUCAGAGGCCAUGGGCAGAAGACAGAAGCUUGUCCUUCCUGGCAAGAGAUGCGCUAACCAGCCCUGACUGGGGGAGUGACUGGAUUGAUACAACCAUCAGUUCUAUUCAGAUCAUGGAAAUCCAGCAAGUAAUAGAUCAUCGGUAUUGUGGCCGAGGCCUCCAGUGCAGCGCUGGAAAUUACAAUUACAAUAUUCCUGUUAAUAAGCACACACCUACCAAUGUCAAAUUCUCUCUGGAAAUCAACACAACAGAGCCAUUGAUAGUCUUCCAGUGCAAGUUCACCCUUGGAAAUAUAUGUUUCCAUGGGACAAGGGGAGCCAAGAGGACACAGAGCCGCCAAGAAGUCUCCCAAGAGAUGACACAGGGCUAUCAGCACAUUUGGACCCUCCCUGUAGCCCCGUUCUUUGACAGCACGUACCAUUUCCGUGUAGCUGCGCCGGAUUUAGCGGACUGUUCCACGGAUCCUUAUUUUGCUGGGAUAUUCUUCACAGAUUACUUCUUUUACUUCUAUCGGCACUGCGUCUAAUUUAUUCGAAUUUGGUUGAGGACUUUGCCAAAGAAAAGUGCUCAGAAGUACGGUCAACGGAAACAUAGCCUCUGCAAUUUCUUUCUUCUCUUUGUAAAACAUUCACAUUUAUUGCCACAGGACUUGUUCAGGCUUUGGCUUGAACAGUUUUGAGCCAUUAAUGAGGAGAAUAAAGGGUUUGCUGCAACUUGA